CCUUUCAGGAAGAAGGUGUUCUGCUCGCAGUGCCCCCGCUACCUGUUCGUGGACAGGCUGCAUGCGGCCAACAGCACCUGCCUGUGCGGGGCAUCGUACCUCGAGGUGGCGCUCCGAGCCAUGGCUGGCGAAGACAAGGAUCCAAACACGAGCCGCAAGGCGGAGGAGCUGCUGCAACUGCUGGCGCCGAAGCAGCCAUCCCCGCCACCAGAGCGCCCAGCGGCACUCUUGCAGCGGGCCAACUCACGAGUGGGCAAAGCUACGAAGGCGCUGGAGAAGGCCCGCCAGCGCUGGAUCCGCACGAAGGACGAGUACCAUGAGGCGCAGAUGGCGCUGGAGAGGGCCACAGAGGAGCUGGUGGCAGCGGAGCAGGAUGAGGUGGAGGCGGCCCGCCGCGUCCUGCCCGACAGGGAAGACGAUGAGCAGAGCCCAGUCAUCGACGUGGGCACGGCCAUCAGAGACGGCAUCAAGCUGCAGUUUUCGUUCGGCAAGUUGCUCGACGGGUUGGAGCUCCAGGAGGCAGAUCGCAAGAUCGUGGAGGAGAGGUCUGGGGCCGUCAACACUCUGCUCCAGAAGGCGAUCAGGGAAGCGAUGGGGGGACUCACCGCCGACCUGGAGAACAUCCAGAAGGAGAUGGCCGAGGUGGCCGCGCGCGGCACAAAGAAGAGGAAGACCGAGGAGCAGCCCAGUGCAGGUGUUUUUGUGCCUCCUCGUGACCUUCCUCAGCAGCAUGUGGGCAGCCAGGCCCCCGCUCCAGGCAACCAGCAGCCUGUCGGAGCGGGAGGGCCAGGCGGUGCCCCAGGCGGUGUCGAGCCGCCUAGAGCUGCUGGGGACGAGAGCGCUCCAGUGGUCGCCGACAAGAAGGAGGCCCUGCAGCAGGAGGUUGACGCGGAGAUCCAGAGGGUACGGCAGAGAGUCCAGCAGUCACUUUGA